AUGGUCUUAAGUAAGGAGGAUGGAGGUUUAGGUGUGGCCAAUUUGAGUGAGAGGAAUAAAGCUUUACUUGCUAAGUGGUUAUGGAGGUAUCCGAGGGAAACAAGUUUGUUUUGGCAUAAGAUGAUAAGAAGUAAAUAUGGGGAGGCUACCAACAGGUGGGAUGCAAACCUUUUAGUGAGAGGCUCAAGUUGUAGCCCUUGGAAAGAUAUUUCCUUCAGGAGAAAUCUGAAUGAGGCGGAGAUAGCUGAGAUGGUCGGGUUACGAGAUAAAUUGGAAGGGGCUCGCUUGUUUCACUCAAGAACAGUGCAUUUUUCAGAAUCUGAAUCCUCUGUUGGAUUGAUUUAUGAAUGGAGAAGCAAAUGGCUUGGCAACUGA